CUCCCUCCUCCCCUUUACUCGCUCCGUGACUGUGACGUCAGUGCGGGGCCGGCUCUGCCACUGCUGCGGCGCGAGGCCAUGGAGGGUGCUGGAGCGGGAGCCGCGCAGGGUGUGACGGGGGCAGCAUCAUUGGUGGAAGUGGGACCAGACGAAAUAGGCGUGGUGUCCUCCAGAGAUGGCCCUGAUCUCUCUUCAGGAUCCCUGUCUCCUCGGAAGCCCAAAAGCAGCUUGGGAGGAGCGGGAGAGAGCCUGCUGGCCUCCAACAGGAACAGUGACGAUGGAGCACGAACACAAGUGGCCGGGAGCAAUAAAGAAAUGGGUGGAAUGUCGCCUGAAACGGGGGGUGUCUCAGCUGGCUCAAACACCAGCCCCAGUCCAGGAAAUAAUAAAGGCCUGCCAGGUCACGCUGCCAAGACUUUCCCUUCAUCCCCCAGCAAAGCAGGUGGACCCAGCCGGGCAAAGAUGUCCCUCACUGGAACCAGCAAGUCCCCAACAUCUAUCCAGAGUUUGGCAAUGCGUUUGUUGAGUAUGCCUGGGUCGCGGCUGCCUGGUGAUACUGGGACUCCCGCAGCAGAAGCUCCGGCUCCAGCCCCUGCCCCUGCCCCGACUCCAGCCCCAGCAGUAGAAGAGGCCAAGCCCAAGGUUCACCGGGCCCGGAAAACCAUGCCAAAGCCCAACAGUGGGCAGGUCCCUGAAAAGCGAGUAUCUGAGAUGCUGCAUUUCCGAGUCUCGGAUGACCUCAGAAGCAUAGAAGAACCGGAAGAACCUGCCAAGCGAAGAAAAUAUGAUUAUAUGGCUGAUGCCCUUCACAAGAGGAUGCCUCUCUCUCUCCAGCGGUCGAGUCCCAGAGCGACAACUGAGAUCACGGUGACUGAAGAGAUGACGGCUCCAGCCACCGCCUCGCAGGAGGAGAGAAGCCAGGAAUGGGAGACUGAGGUGGGGGAUGACUUCAGCCUCUUCUAUGACAGCUACUCCGUGGAUGGCCAUGUUGACUCGGACAGCAAGUCAGAUGCAGAUGUUGCUGGAGACCAUAUGAGUGAGGAGGAGGAAGAAGAGGAGGAGGAGGAGGAGGAAGAGGAGGAGGAGGAAGAUGAUGACGAAGAUGAUGAUGAAGAUGAAGAAGAUGAAGAUGAAGAAUCGGGUAACCUCUCUGACAGGAGCACUGCCUCCAGCUCCAAACGCAAGGCCCGGAAGCGCUGGCGGAAUGACAGUCCCUGGGUCAAGCCGUCCCGCAAACGCAAGCGCAAAGAACCACACCCCAGUGAUGCCAGAGGGCUGAACGGUGGUCCUUCAACUACACAGAGCGAGUAUACGGAGGUGCCUCUUGGCUGUUUGGAGCUGCCCAGUGAGGGGGCACUGUCCCCCAACAAUGCCGGGGUGUCUAAUGAGACAAGUUCACUGGAGACGGAGCGCUUUGAGGAGUUGCCCCUUUGCUCCUGCCGCAUGGAAGCACCUACUAUUGAGCGCCUUAGCCUGCAGGCGGGAAACCAAUGCAUGGCAACUGAGAGUGCCGAUGGAGAGUUGAAUGGCUGCAGCAGCAGCAUCUUGAAGCGGGAAACGAUGCGCCCCUCCAGCCGGGUUCCCCUCAUGGUCCUGUGCGAGGCCCAUCGAGCCAGGAUGGUGAAGCACCAUUGCUGCCCUGGCUGUGGCUACUUCUGCACUGCGGGCACCUUUUUGGAGUGCCACCCUGACUUCCGCGUGGCUCACCGCUUCCACAAGGCCUGUGUGUCCCAGCUCAACGGCAUGAUUUUCUGCCCGCACUGUGGGGAAGAUGCUUCUGAGGCCCAUGAAAUCACGAUAGCCAAGGCAGACACCUCCACUCCUGUCCCCAUUCCGCCUUCCCACGGACAGGGAGCCUCUGAGACCACAGGCCGUGCUGACACUACCCAACCCAGUGCCCGGAUGCGGGGCGGUUCAAGCAUAGAACCCUCACAGGAUGAUAUGCCAAGUCUCGGUGGCCCAGGGAUCGACAGUGCAGGGCCGCGGCUGACCUUGCCAAACGGGGCUGUGCUCUCUGCACAGGGUCUCCCAUCAGGGGCUGCUCGGGAACAAUUGGAGCGUGCCCUAGUGGUGCAGGAAUCCGAGCGGCGCAAGAAGCUGCGAUUUCACCCCCGCCAGCUGUAUCUCUCAGUUAAGCAAGGGGAGCUCCAGAAAGUGGUUCUGAUGUUGCACGUCUGCCCUUCCUUUCCAGUGGACUGCUUGGACCCCAGUUUCCAGAGCGAGCAGCAGAGCAAGCGAUUCCCACUGCACGCCGCUGCACAGAAGGGCUUCCUGGAAAUCUGCCAUGUGUUGCUCCAGGCUGGGGCCAACAUAAACACGGUGGACAAGUUGCGUCGAACCCCUCUAAUGGAAGCUGUUGCAAACAACCAUGUGGAAUUAGCACGUUACUUGGUCAAAAGGGGUGGCUGCGUUUACACGAAGGAAGACGAUGGAUCUACCUGUCUCCAUCACGCUGCCAAGAAUGGUAAUGUGGACAUGGUCAGCUUGCUGCUAUCCACAGGACAGGUGGAUGUCAACGCCCAGGAUAGCGGAGGUUGGACCCCCAUUAUCUGGGCUGCCGAGCAUAAGCACAUUGAGGUGAUCCGCAUGCUGCUCACCCGGGGAGCCGACGUUACGUUGACUGACAAUGAGGAGAACAUAUGUUUGCACUGGGCCUCCUUCACAGGGAGUGCAGAGAUCGCUGAAGUCCUCCUGAAUGCCCAGUGUGACCUCCAUGCUGUCAAUUUCCAUGGAGACACACCUCUGCACAUAGCUGCCCGGGAGAGCUACCACGAAUGUGUCCUCCUAUUCCUAUCGCGGGGGGCUGACACUGAAGUGCGGAACAAGGAAGGGGACUCACCUGUGGACCUGACCUUGGAGAACUCUGAGGUGUGGUUUGCCCUGCAGCUGAACCGCAAGAUCCGCCAAGGCAUUCUGAAUCGCGCCAUGCGCACUGAGCGCAUCAUCAGCAGGGACGUGGCCCGUGGCUAUGAGAAUGUGCCUAUUCCCUGCGUCAACUCCGUGGACGAUGAGCCCUGCCCAGAUGAUUACAAAUACAUCUCGGAAAACUGUGAGACUUCCACCAUGAACAUUGACCGCAACAUCACCCACCUGCAGCAUUGCACAUGCCAGGAUGACUGUUCCUCCAGUAAUUGUCUAUGUGGGCAGCUCAGCAUCCGCUGCUGGUAUGACAAGGACGGACGCUUGCUGCAAGAAUUCAACAAGAUUGAGCCACCCCUGAUCUUUGAAUGUAACCAGGCCUGCACCUGCUGGAGGAACUGCAAGAACCGUGUAGUACAGAGCGGCAUCAAGGUCCGUUUACAGCUAUACCGCACUGCCAAAAUGGGGUGGGGAGUCCGAGCACUGCAGACGAUUCCUCAAGGAACCUUCAUAUGCGAGUACGUGGGGGAAUUGAUUUCCGAUGCUGAAGCUGAUGUAAGAGAGGAUGACUCCUACCUGUUUGAUCUAGACAAUAAGGACGGCGAGGUGUACUGCAUUGACGCACGUUACUAUGGCAACGUCAGCCGCUUCAUCAACCACUUGUGCGACCCCAACAUCAUCCCUGUGCGGGUGUUCAUGCUGCACCAGGACCUGCGUUUCCCCCGCAUUGCCUUCUUCAGUAGCCGGGACAUUCAGACUGGCGAAGAGCUAGGGUUUGACUACGGCGACCGCUUCUGGGACAUCAAGAGCAAAUACUUCACGUGCCAGUGCGGCUCAGAGAAAUGCAAGCACUCUGCUGAGGCCAUCGCCCUGGAACAAAGCCGCCUUGCCCGCCUGGAGGCCCACCAGGACGCCUUGCCCGACAGCAGCAGCCUUCCUGCCGCUCAGGCCUAACUAAGCCAGGCUCAGCUGCCAAUCCUGAACGUCGCUGGGACCCUUCCCCCCCUUCUGUCCGGCUCUCCCAGGGCAGGCGCGAUGGACCGCGGCAGAAGCUCUUGCUCUGUGAGGGGAGAGUUUGCCAUCCCGUUUGCGGUGGGGUGGGGGAAGAGAGAACAGAGGAAGUGUGUCCUGCUCUGGGGGGGUGAAAGAGGAGAAGCCUCUCCACGUUCAGAGCACAGAUGAGAAAACUGCAGCCCUCCCAACUUUGCUGGACCCUCAGCUCCCUUCAGCCCCAGGCAGCAAAGCUAGUGGCCAGGGAUGAUGCGGGUUGUAGUUCAAGAACAUCUGGAGGACACGAGUUUCCCCCAUUCCCUGGUGUAGAGCAUGGAUGGGAAACCAGACGUUGCUGGAUUACAACUCCCAUCAGCCCUCAUUGUUGGCCAUGCUAACUUGAGCUGAUGGGAGUUGGAGUCCUGCAAUGUCUGGAUGCUGCAGGUUCUCCAACCUUGGCAUUGCAUAGGACAAGGGCAACGUGCGCGCGUUUGUGUGUGUGUGUAGGUUCUCGGAUUCUCUCCACCCAUACGGCCAGACCAGUACAACGUGGGAUCCGUCCACAAUUUUGUCUUUCUUGCCGCCAGCUGUGAAACCUGAAUGUAUGUACCUUUUUUCUCCAUGUGUUGAGGCAGGUUCAUUGCCUUGCACUUGUGUUACUUGCAUGUAGGGCAUAAUCACGUAAAGACCUGAAGCAGGACCGCAUGGGGAGCCCUGCACCCCCAGCAUCAACCCUUCUUCCUUCAAUAAUUGUGCGUUGUGAAGAACAGUUGUCUGAAACAAACAAGCCAACAGACCCAGCACACGAGCUCCUGUUUGCAAGUAAGGACUGCACAGGAAUGCAACUUGUCUUUUUUUAAUUAUUAUUUUAAGAAAACCAUGGACGUUGAAGAAAGAAGACCCAACGUUGGGGAUGGGGUUAAUAGGAUGCAGCAUCACUCUGCUCUCUAAGUCAGAGGUGAGGAAACUGUGGCCCUUCUCCAGAGGCUGUUGGACUCCCAAUUCCCAUCAGCCCCAGCCAGCAUGGCCUGGGAUGUUGGGAGUUGUAGACCAGCAACUUCUGGAAGGCCACAGCUUCCCCACUUUUUGUCUCCUGAUUAUGCACCAUGCACAAGUAAUACAAUUCAUAGGGCUAUAGUUUAGCUUUUUUGUUUACAAAUGUUUCCGUUUUGAAUUGGAGCCAAGGCCCAUUGCGCGCUCUGUUUUUUCCUCUUUCUCUUUCCGAGCCACCAGCACAGCUCACCAGCCUUGCCGAGUCUCUGACACGCCUCUGUUUCUGUAGUCCCAGGCAGCAAUAGCCAGAGGUGCAUCAAGCCACUGGUGGCUGCCUUAGGCUUAAUGGGUCACAGGUUUUACGAGCCUGCCCUAACGCAUCCCACCAGCCCUAUAUGGCAGCCCACUAGAGACCCAGUCAACCUGCAGUUUUUGCUGUUGAAACCAGGUGGCUUUCAAGCCCCUGGCAGGCCACAAUAUAUAAUGGCAAGUAAGAUUCCAUGUGGCUUGGCAGGUCAUCAUUUUGUACCGACCGGAUCUCUAGAGCCAGAAGGUUUUGAUGGUUAUGUUCAGAUGCUGCCAUCUUCUGAUGGAAGGAUGUGUAUGUGUGUUCCUGUCUCACUUCCUGUCUGGUCCUCCUUACCAGCUGGGAAAAAACCCUGUGUUUUUAUGUGGCCUUUUUCUUGGUUUUGGGCCAAGUUAAUGUUUAGCUUUUGUGUGUAACACAAGAUUCAGCUUUGAAUUGGAGUCGAGGCUUGUCCAAGCCCCCUCUAGGGAAGCUCAGUUAUGGUCUCAUAGCUGCCUCUCCUUUCAACCCCAGGAACAGCAAGAAGUCUUGAUUCAGUUCGGAGGGGCCAGCCUUCUCUCUCUCUCUUUUUUAUGGGUUUUCACUUUUUUGUUUUUUAAACUGUAAUUUUCUCGGGCCAUAAAUCCAAUAAAUGUUGGCAUCUGGUGAUUUUUGAUACACAA